AUGGCCCAGAGGCUGUGGGCCGGCCGCCUGCUGCGGCAUCGGAAAGCCCAGCUCCUGCUGGUCAACCUGCUGACCUUCGGCCUAGAGGUGUGCCUGGCCGCCGGCAUCACCUAUGUGCCGCCUUUGCUGCUGGAAGUGGGGGUCGAGGAGAAGUUCAUGACCAUGGUGCUAGGCAUCGGUCCAGUGCUGGGCCUCGUCUCGGUCCCACUCCUAGGCUCGGCCAGUGACCACUGGCGUGGGCGCUAUGGUCGCCGGAGGCCCUUCAUCUGGGCCCUGUCCCUGGGCGUCCUGCUGAGCCUCUUCCUCAUCCCGAGGGCUGGCUGGCUGGCGGGGCUGCUAUGCCCGGACACCAGGCCCCUGGAGCUGGCCUUGCUGAUCCUGGGGGUGGGGCUGCUGGACUUCUGCGGCCAGGUUUGCUUCACCCCGCUGGAGGCCCUGCUCUCUGACCUCUUCCGGGACCCAGACCACUGUCGCCAGGCCUUCUCUGUCUAUGCCUUCAUGAUCAGCCUCGGGGGCUGCCUGGGCUACCUCCUGCCUGCCAUCGACUGGGACGCCAGUGCCCUGGCCCCCUACCUAGGCACCCAGGAGGAGUGCCUCUUUGGCCUGCUCACCCUCAUCUUCCUCACCUGUGUGGCGGCCACACUGUUUGUGGCCGAGGAGGCAGCGCUGGGUCCGGCCGAGGUGGCGGAAGGGCUGGCGGUCCCCUCGGGGCCACACUGUUGGCCGUGCCACACCCGCCUGGCUUUCCGGAACCUGGGCGCCCUGUUUCCGCGGCUGCACCAGCUCUGUUGCCGUGUGCCUCGCACCCUGCGCAGACUCUUCAUGGCCGAGCUGUGCAGCUGGAUGGCAUUCAUGACCUUCACGCUGUUCUACACGGACUUUGUAGGCGAGGGGCUGUACCAGGGUGUGCCCCGGGCCGAGCCGGGCACCGAGGCCCGGAGACACUAUGAUGAAGGGGUCCGGAUGGGCAGCCUGGGGCUGUUCCUGCAAUGCGCCAUCUCCCUGCUCUUCUCUCUGGUCAUGGACCGGCUGGUGCAGCGAUUCGGCACCCGGGCCGUCUAUCUGGCCAGCGUGGUGGCCUUCCCUGUUGCUGCUGGCACCAUGUGCCUGUCGCGCAGUGUGGCCGUGGUGACCGCGUCGGCCGCCCUCACCGGCUUCACCUUCUCCGCCCUGCAGAUCCUGCCCUACACGCUAGCCUCCCUCUACCACCGCGAGAAGCAGGUUUUCCUGCCCAAAUACCGAGGAGAUGCCGGGAGUAGUGCCAGUGAGGACAGCCUGAUGCCCGGCUUUGCACCGGGCCCCAAGACCGGAUCUCCCUUCCCCAAUGGACACAUGGGUGCUGGAGGGAGCGGCCUCCUCCCUUCUCCACCUGUGCUCUGUGGGGCCUCCGCCUGUGACGUCUCCAUGCGUGUGGUGGUGGGCGAGCCGCCUGAGGCCCAGGUCAUUCCGGGCCGGGGCAUCUGCCUGGACCUAGCCAUCCUGGACAGUGCCUUCCUGCUGUCCCAGGUGGCCCCGUCCCUGUUUAUGGGCUCCAUCGUUCAGCUCAGCCAGUCUGUCACUGCCUACAUGGUGUCGGCCGCGGGCCUUGGUUUGGUGGCCAUUUAUUUUGCUACACAGGUGGUAUUUGAUAAGAGCGACUUAGCCAAAUACUCGGUGUAGAAUCCUUCCGGCCCACCGAGGCAGGGGCUGCCUCCUGGGGUCGCAGGCCCUCCCCCAUCCCCUCUCUGGAUCCGGAUCCGGCGCCUCCGAGCCUUCCAGUUUCUGUUGCUGCCAACGUGGUGUGGCUCUCUGCUGCCACCCCGUGGUGGUGAGGUGCAGAGCUGCGCAGGUCGGGGCCUGGGGCCUCUCUCUCUCUCUCUCUCUCUCUCUCUCUCCCUCUCCCCCCCUCUCCAGUCUUCAGGGCUGGCUGACUGGUGGUCCAGACUUCAGUCUGGACUUCUACAGGGAGGCCCGAAGGGUAGGGCAUUUCAUUAGCUCCAUGCACUGGAAUGCAGGACUCUGCAGGGGGAUUACCCAGGCAGGGUUAACAGCUAGUGUCCUGGUCAAGACAUAGCCAGAGAAGGGAUUUGGAGAGCUGAGUAACCUCAACCAUCUGGUCUCUGACCUCCAAGCCCCCUUAUGCUAUAGAUUCCUUCCAUGUUGCUCUUGCAUGGAAGUUUCUAGUGUGAAACUCCUCCGCAGGAUUUGAGAAUAUGAAAGUUAUUUGUGGGUAAGAGUCCGGUGGGGAGAGAGGAAGCCGCCUGGCUGCAUAGCACUGCCUUUCUCCCAUCCCCCCACAACUACGUUUUAUCAGGACAUGGCUUGUUGGCCCCUGUGUUGCCAUCAUAGGGACACAGGCCUUUAAAUAUUUAACUUAUUUAUUUAACUAAGUAGAGGGGAAUCAAUUCCCAGCUCUGCCAUCUCGGUGUCUAAGAGGUGAGAUCCCCUGUGGGUCCUGGGAGAUGGCUGGUUUAUUGGGCUGAGCAGUGCCAGAAUCGUCUUCCCUUGGGUGAUUGGUCUGGCCCCAAAACUACCUAACCCAGGAGCUUGGAAGCUCUGCUUACCCAGCUGAUAUCCCAAAUCCUGUUACCCAAGGCCGGGGCGGGGGUGGCGGCGGGGGGGGGAGCUGGGGGUAAGUGGAGGGUGGGGCUCCAGGUCUCAGCAGCCUCCCUAACCUCCCUAGCCUCCCCUCCUCUCUUCACCCAGCCUGCCCCCCACCUCCACUCCCCUCUGCUCUCUCUAGGGCUGGGCUGAUGAAGGAGCUGCCCACCCCCCACCUUUCCCCACUGGCUCCACAGCCCUCUCCCUGGGGCUGUUGCAGGACCAGAAAGAAGCACGGAGUGUGGCUCCUCGAGCUUUUAUCCGUCUCUGCCCCCAGGGCAUACCUGUGCUUGGGGAAUCUCGCACAGAAACUCAGGAGUACCCCCUGCCUGGGCUAAGGAAGUCUUAUCUCUGGGGGGUUUAAGUGCCGUUUGCAAUAAUGUUAUGUCUUAUUUAUUUAGUGGAGUAAAUAUUUUAUACUGUAUGUGAGCAAUCAGAGUAUAAUGUUUAUGGUGAUGAAAUUAAAGGCUUCUUAUAUGUUU